CCCUCGGCCCCUAAAACUUGAUUCACACCAAGAACACCAACUGACUCGUGGAUGCCUUGCACUUGACUUCGCCUCUUCACCAAAGUUUGGUUGCCUGCGCCUACAACUUCCAUCCUCCACAACCACUUUCCUGCCUUCUAUCACACGAUUAAUCAAUUGUCGGUCUCAGACUCCCUUCCUCUCUCUGGAUAAGAAGAAGAUCACGGCAUCGACGAAACCGAGGGAACAAAUCUACAUGGGUCCAUAACCAAGGUUCUGGCCACAAACGCUCCCCCGUCGUCUUUAUGCAACCACCAUCCUUGGAAUCGUCCACCAAUCUUCAUGAUGCUCUCUUGUCAAGCUUGCCACUUCCUACGGUGAUAUCAGACAUGACUUCCAAUAGCACAACUCUUCUCUACAGCAUUGCGACGGCUGCCGCGAAUGCCAUCCAGACAUCCACCUCCCCCACCUCGACGGCCGCUGUCUCCAACACCAAACCCGAUGAAGAGAACAACGGCGAGUGUAAACUCCUCGGCUCCUUUGCAAUUUUCGUGCAAGGCGCGCUUGGAGCUCUCGCUCUGUUGACGCUCGUGUACAAGAGAUGGAAAGAACGGCCUCAGCGACCACUAAAAGUGUGGGCGUUCGAUGCUUCGAAACAGGUGGUCGGAUCAGUCCUACUACAUCUGGCUAACGUGGUCAUGGCAAUGUUUUCUGCUGGGCAGAUUUCAGACAGCCUAGCCAAGACCGCAGCAUCAGUAGCAGGGGUGAGCACAGAAGACAAGUAUCAGCCAAACCCCUGUUCGUGGUACCUGCUGAACCUGGCCAUUGACACAACCCUGGGGAUACCGAUUCUGAUAGUGAUUCUCAAGGUCCUGACAGUGGGCGCAAGUUAUACGCCUUUAGCCAGGCCGAAAGAAUCCAUCGAAUCUGGCAACUACAGCACACCCCCUAAGGCCACCUGGUGGAUGAAGCAAUGUUUGAUAUACUUUUUGGGGCUUAUGGGAAUGAAGAGUUGCGUUUUUGUCAUCUUUCAAUUGUGCCCCUGGUUGGGUCGGGUCGGUGAUUGGGCUUUGGGCUGGACUGAAGGGAACGAAGCUGUGCAGAUAGCGUUUGUCAUGUUCAUCUUUCCGUUGAUCAUGAACGGCAUGCAGUACUACAUUAUCGAUAUAUUCAUCAAGAGGAAGGAUACGAGCGAAGAUGCAGGAUCAUCGGAAGACCACGGAGGCCAGGAUCAGGAUGAACAAGGGCGACUGCUGACAGAGGAACCAGAGCGUGGCACCUCAAUUGACGACGAUGAAGUGCGCAAAGAUGGGCUUUCGACGGAAACACAAAAGAUUCCAGCCCAGAAAUUAUCGGCUUACGCUGCCGACAACGAUGUGACAGUUCCCCCGGACUCCGGAAGUUGGGAGGGCGAAAGUAGUCACAGCCACAGUCUCACAAGUCAUGCGGAGGAAGAAGGAGUGGAGCACCGACCACGAGUUUGACACCGCUUGGAUGCGCGACUUUUGGAUCUCUCACAAGACGAAUAUCAGUGCUAAAAGUUUCAUGAGUGCAUCACUCGGGCCCUCGAUGGUCCAAUAUUGCGUGAUGAACAAUGCCCGCCAGACAUGUCUCUUUGUUGGGUUGGAUUAUCCUUUUCUGGGGCAGGAGGCCGGGUACCCAUCCCCAGAUAACAGAGGUAUUCGUUGAUCACUGCACUAGCACAAGGUCGGGCAGCCAUCUUCAUGUACCACGAAAACAUCAUGUUGCACUGUAUAUGUAUGUUUACGUAUCGCCAUGUUCUUAUAUGAGUUUUCCCUGCACAUUUUCAUCAACUCGUCAUCUUAAUGGCUGAGGGGAAGAUUCAAUGACAAACAUGGUUUAGGGUGUUUGGACGCCGCAUUGGACUACAUAGCCGGGUUUAGCCUAGCCUAAGCGGAGUGCAGGUGCGAGUCUGGCCUCUCAAAAGCCCAAGGACACUGACGUUCGAUG